AUGCCUUCUGCUUUAAGCAGCCAGUCAAGCGUCAAGCCUGAUGCGUCGACUAUCGACGACGCCCAGUCCACCAAGGGAGAGGAAGAUCCCCAGGUUAAUCUGUUACACCAAGUGUCGGAAUGGCUGCAGCACGAGAAGGCCAGACGCCAAAAUCGCAAGGCUCGUCGAGCUGAGGCAGCCUCUGGUACCAAGGUAGCGGCCCGUGAGUCCGAAGAGAGUCCAGUAGAUGAAGCUCCGCACUGUUCGGAGAGCACCUUCUCUCUCGACAAGUUAGAGAAGAUCCUUCUUCAGUAUUCGGGGGCACGACCUGGAGACGGGCUUGCGUCUCUUCAGUCCAUGAAGAGAGCAACGCGUCGGCGCCCCAAAGGCUUGCGUCGUGGAUCUGCCUCGGAGUCGGACUAUACCGAUGUUGACGCCCCUGUUCCCAGCGUGGAAGCAUUCCUUGACAAUUCAAAGACUCUUGCCUACACGGGCGGCACCGCAGAGGAGGAAAACGCGGGUAGCAGUGCCAGCUCGAAGCGUUCCAAGGACCAAGAGGCUUGGUUGACUUUUAAGACCGAGAUUGUGCGUCUCGCGCAUACAAUGCAACUUCGGGGUUGGCGCAAGGUGUCAAUGGAGGAGGCUGGAGAUAUCAAGGUCAUUCGCCUCAGUGGCGCGUUGACAAAUGCUGUCUACGUGGUCGAGCCCCCCAGGCAUCCACCUGCUCCCCCAAAGACUGACAAUGGAUCUGGUCCGGUGGUUUCAAGAAAACCCCCGCCAAAGCUGUUACUGCGCAUCUACGGCUCGCAGGUUGAUCAUCUGAUCGAUCGAGAAAAGGAACUGCAGAUCUUGCGCCGCUUGGGCCGCAAGAACAUUGGACCACGCGUCUUAGGAACCUUCCUGAACGGCCGCUUCGAAGAGUUCUUUGAAGCACGCCCACUAACCCCGCGUGAGCUACGGAUUCCUGAGACUGCCAGGCAGAUUGCCAAGCGGAUGAGAGAGCUCCAUGAUGGCAUUGAGCUUCUUGAAGAGGAGCGCGAGGACGGUCCGAUGAUCUUCAUAAAUUGGGAUAGGUGGGUUGACCGCUGUGAACAAGUUACCACCUGGUUAGAUAAGGAACUUGAAUCCCCGCAAAAUGAGAUCAAGGCUGCUACAGAACCAUGGCGGCGGCGCGGCUUUGUGUGCGGUGUGCCAUGGGAAAUGUUCCGGAAGGCCGUGGAUAAUUAUCGGAUCUGGCUGAUUGCCAGCUGCGGCGGAAUGAACGAGAUUAAGCGGCAGCUUGUGUUUGCUCACAACGAUACCCAAUACGGCAAUCUUCUUCGCAUGGAGCCUGCUUCGCAGUCUCCCCUCCUGCUCCCCGCCAAUGAGCAUAAGCAACUUGUUGUCAUUGACUUUGAGUACUCGUCAGCCAACACCCCUGGCCUUGAAUUUGCCAAUCACUUUACCGAAUGGUGCUACAACUACCAUGACGAGGAAUUCCCAUGGGCUUGUAACAACCGCCUCUACCCGACACCGGAAGAGCAGCACCGAUUCGUGGCAACCUAUCUCACUCAUCGUCCCGCCGUUCCCGGCGGUCCUACAUCGCCUCUGGCUACCCCGUCCAUGCGCGGCGGCCGUUCGACAACCGCGAUCACUCCCUUGAACCUUGAUGAAGGCCCCGAUGGCCCUGGCUACCAACAGCUAGAAACAUCUGCGGAAGAAGAGCUGGAGUCCCAGGUGCGGAAUCUCAUGCAUCAAACCCGAUUGUGGCGCGUCAUGAACUCAGCGCAAUGGGUAGCAUGGGGUAUCGUGCAGGCCAAGAUUCCCGGCAUGGGAGAAGCCGAGGUCGCUGCGGCGUCUGGCAAGGGGUCUCUUGAGGAUGUGAAGCACGAUUCGAACGGCAAUAGGGAGCAGAAAACUCCCACCGUCGACUCCGACGUUGAUGAAGAGGAAACCUUCGAUUACUUGGCUUACGCCCAGGACCGUGCUAUGUUCUUCUGGUCUGACCUGCUGGCGCUGGGCCUGGUGAAGGCAGAGCAGCUGCCUGCACCGAUGGUCGAGCAUCUUCGGGCGCGGGCUGUCGACUAUUGA